AUGAGCUCUAAACCCUUGGGCGCCUUCGAUGUUGCCAUCGUAGGCACGGGCUUGUCCCAGUCAAUCCUAGCCGCUGCCCUUUCCAAAUCGGGUUACAAAGUGCUGCAUUUGGACCCUAAUCAAUAUUAUGGCUCUUAUCAUGCCAGCCUAACCCUCGAUGAGCUUGUUAUGUUCUCCGAAAAUUACACACCACAGCAGAGCAGUCAUCCGAGGUACUCAGAAAUACAGUAUGAUUUCCCGCAAACAAGCGAGCCAUCUUCAGAACUCAGCAAGAUGUCCCGACACUUCUCCAUAUCGUUGUCACCGUCCUUAAUACCUUCGAAGGGCGCGAUGAUAGAUUCUCUCAUUGGUUCAGGGGUCUCCAGAUAUGGUGGUUUUAACCUUUUACAGGGCAUCGGUAUGUAUGUUGAAGAAGGGGAAACCGGGUACUUUCGUCCGGUCCCAGCUAGCAAAGAAGAUAUAUUCAAAGACAAGAGUAUGUCACGCGUAGAGAAACUGAAGCUCAUGAAGUUCCUGCGUUACAUUGUAUCCGAUGAAGGCAAACUUGAGCCGCGAGAUGAAAUCACGAUAAAGGAACUUAUUUCGGGCGAUUUUGGGCUUCCACCUUUUAUGGCCUCAGCUGUGAUCUAUGCUCUGGCAUUUUCUUCAUCGGGGAAUGAGUCCUCGGCGGCCGCUUUGUCGCGAAUCCAACACUAUAUGCUAUCGUCCGGCCGCUAUGGAAAUUCCCCAUUUUUGGUGGGCCAUUAUGGCGGGUUGGGAGAAGUUGCACAAGGAUUUUGCAGGGCGUCAGCAGUCUACGGAGGAGUAUAUAUCCUGGGCAGGCAAAUGGAAUCAAUCAAUUUCACUGAAAAGGGUAGUCCAUCAAGCCGUUACAGGAUAUGUGUGAACGAUGUGCCAGACAUCUUGGAGGCUAGAACCAUUGUUUUCCCCUCAUCUGGAAUUGCUUCGGUUUCAUCCAUUCUAUCGGGGCUGAAGCCCACCGUGACGGAACAAGAGACGCGAUUAGCCCGGUGCAUCGCAAUCCUAGACUUUCAAAUUGUAUUUGAACCGGCAAACCAGCCGCCGGCAGAUACGUUCACUAUCGUCUUCCCCCCACAUAUGGUUGGAAGGCAUGAGAAGGCAGUGGUUGCAUUGGUAACUGGCGAAGGAACACUGUCGUGUCCGAGUGGUUAUUAUAUCUCUUAUCUGGUAACCGAGGUCGAAGAGGAUGGCGUCAACAGGACGGCGGAGACCAUACUGCGACCGUACCUCUCAUCCCUUCUGUCAAAGGCUACCACCGACGCCUCCAGACAAUCCCCAAAGGAGCCUCUGUUCGAAUUAUUCUAUAUCGAGAUGUCGCCCACACAAUCAAAAUUUCAGCCGCCCCCGGUGCAAGGUGCAUAUCUGAUCGACGACAGCUCUCCUUCUGUAGCAUCAUUCACCGAGUGUGCCGAUCAUUGUGCAAGAGAAGCCGAGAGGGUUUUCUGGGAGGUGGUAAAGUUUGUAGAAUCUGACUCAGGCACCGAAACACAGGAACGUAUCGCAGCGCCUAAAGCUUUCUGGCCCAUUUCACAUUUGGGAGAUGGAAGUGAGGCUGAAGGCAGCGAAGGCUUCUGACCCAUGUAAUUGAAGCUAUAAUGUAGGCUGGUUCGUCUCGGUAGAGAAAAACACCACUUCAAACAUAGUUCCAAGUGGAAAUUCUACUAUAAACAUAGGCAGGUGACCAGCCUCCUACAUUUUUCAAGUUCCUGAGGAUUUGGCAGAACGAACAAUUUGUUCGGAAGCCCAAAUGAAGGAAACGUUAUUUGAUGACGCGCCUGCAGUUUCAGUCAAUGAGCAUC